AAAUGGCAAAAUAAAACGGUAAAAGUGUAACAUUUGGGAUUUUCAGAUUUUUCUACUGACGGAUGGACAAGUUACAAACAUCCCAGAAAUAGUCAAAUUAGUGAAAAAGCAGAAAAAUACUAGAGUGUUUACUUUUGGUAUUGGAGAUGGCUGUUCAACAGAGCUAAUAAGGGAGGUCGCCAAAGUAAGCAAUGGAAAGGCCACUUUUGUGAAAGACAAUGACAGACUACAGUCAAAGGUAAUGUCUGUGUUGAAGAACAGUGUACAAUGCGGAAUUACAGAUGUGUCUUUAACAUGGAAUCUACCUGAAGGUUGUUCUGUUAUCAAUGCCCCGGAAGAAGUCCCACCAAUUUUUCAAGGAGAGAAUCUGAUUCUUUAUGGUAUUAUAUCAGGGGAUAUUUCGAAGCAUGCUUCUAAAACACCUUCGAUGAAAUUGACUGGUAAGGCUGGUGACAAGAAUGUGGAGUUUAAUGUGGAUUUUGACUCGAACAUCAGCAAGUCUAGCGACACAGACGAAUCAUAUCCACUUCAUAGACUUGCGGCCAAAUCCAGAUUAUCAGAAAUGGAAACAAAUGAUGCUAAUGAGAGUUUGAUGGUGGCAUUAAGUACAGAAGUCAAUGUAACGUGCAAACACACGGCGUUUGUCGGUGUAGAUAGAGAGAGCAAAGAGAUUGUAGGAAAAUAUAUACCGAUGCAGAUGACCUCGACAAAGUCGUACAAGAAGAGCUCUAAGUUUAAUUUAUGUGCUGGACUUUCACAUUAUGCCGUACCAAAGUGUAAUUCUGCACAAGGACUCAUGGGGAAAGUGGCAAAUUUUCGUUCAAGUUAG